AUGGGAAGCCUUAUGGGGUGGUUGGAAACCGGUUCGGACACCUGCGUGACGUUAUGGGAUAGAUGGGAUUAUCUGAGGGGAAGCGAUGGGCCGUGUGGAGCCGUCACGGGGCCUUGGCACAACCAAGGGUGUGACAAUGCCCUCCCCUUUAAAGGCAUAGUCCCGAUGCCUCAAGAUUACCGGAUUGGGAAUUAUCUUUGUUGUGUAGCAACGGUUGCCAACCGCUUUGGCAGCGCGCGCGCUGCGCGGCAUAAAGGAAUGGUGGGUAAAAAACGUCUACGUGGUGCAGCUGCGGCCUCUGUCGCGGCCAAAAGGGCCAGGUUGGAGGCGGAGGCGGAGACACCUAGCAGCUGUGGGGGUUCUGCUCCUCCCCCCCUGCCGCUGUCACACCGCCCCCCCCCGCCAAUCAACAGGGCGAUGUAUGACCCCGCAUGGUCGUUCGGAGAGGACCUCAGGGAGAGCUUGGUUCCGGGGACAGCGGCUCAAAUGAGUCCAGUCCGUAGUUCCCCUCCUGCAGAGCGCCCGAGCCCUGCUCAGGGUGCCUGUGGGUCGGGUCCGCAGGGUUCCAUGGUUCCUUUGCACCCGCCCCUCCGCCAAUUCACGCUGUUUCCGUUGCGUGAAAAACAAACGACACCUGCCUUCCUGGCCAAAGUUGUGGAUCUCCAGGCGUUGGCGGAUUCCGUCCGUUCUGGGGAGGUUCCCAAGGCCCGUCUGGAGAAGGAGGCGAAAGCGUGGGUCUCCGAGGUGGAAAAACACUUCAGAAUGGCCGGCCCUAAGAAGAAGGGGUCGGCCGGCGCCGCCGUUGGAAGCGCCACGGAGACAAAUCGUUUGUUGGAGAGGAUCUCGCUCCAAUUGGAGCAGGUGACUGAGGUGCUUUGCAAAUUGGCAAAGGUGCCGGUGCCAGGGACUCCGUCGGUGGAGGAGGAGUUCGGUGGGGGUGAGGUGGUGGAAGAAUGA